UCAUCAUCAAGUGUCUUUCUGCAGAAAAAAAUGGUGUCUCAUUCUAAAUUCAUUGCUUGUCGAGUAUGCGACAAGGUAUUUCUUCAUGCUCUUCCAUUGCUUUAUCACUUCGAUGAAGUUCAUAGAAGAGCCGGUUAUGUGGUCGCAACACAACGAAGUGGUUACCCUGUGUCAAGGACGACACCCUUCAAGUUAAAUUCUAAACAAUCUCAAUUUGCUUCAAGACCAAAUGGUCAUGCUAGUUUUCGUCCAAUGAUUGAAGAAUCACAUUCAAGGGGUCAAGCGUACAAUGAUAAGGAGUUGAACCUAUUUGGUUUCACAAAGCCUUUUAACAAGAAACUGGACAAGUCCUUCAACUUUGAAAAUGUUGAAGACAAAGAUCAAAAUGUGGACUUGGAAUUAAAACUCUAGAAUAUAGUCAAAAGAUCAAAGGCAUGAAAUAGCUCCUAAAAGUGUUUAGCUAGUGGUGUUCUCCCAAACUUAGGUUUUUAAUGAUGUUUUUCUUUAUGAAUAUCUUAGUUGUCCUUCUUGUCAUAUCCAUCUCUCCCCA